ACAUGGAGGGAAAAUAUCACCAGCUUCAUUAGCAACAGAGGACAGAUGGAAUAACAAAAACCAAAAAAAAAACAAUGGAAAGUAAUACAUAUAAACACAGCAUGCUUAUCUGAAGUUAUUUUCAGAGGAAUUUACACUGAAAACACAGUCUUUCCUGACAAAAAUUAAAGUUUAGGACUGGAUAAGCGAUUGACUGGAAAACUGGAGACUGAGAACAAAUUAGCUUUUGUGACUGAUAAUUAGGAGCAUUUAAUAAAACUGGACCACAAGUGUUUUGAAGAUGGGUCACAGGUGAAAAGGCAGACAUCUGAGAAUUAAAAGAAUGACAAGUCAAGACAAAAAGGGAUUUGAACUUAAACUGUUUUUAUUGUCAUUUUCAGCAAGCACAACUAAAGGGAACUGAUGUUGAUGCCUGAUCCAGGAAGUAUCGGUAGCUUGGUGACACCAUCAUGGUCAAUGUGACACUCAAUGGAACUUGGGAGGAGGAUCAUGUAGAGUACAACUAUCUGGCUCUUCUGUUUGGAAUUCCACUCAUCCUUAUCAUUAUCCUGGGGAACAUCCUGGUCUGCCUGAGUGUGCUGACGGAACGAUCUCUGAAAACUGCUACAAAUUACUUCAUUGUCAGCCUGGCUGUUGCAGACCUCCUUCUUGCCAUAUUGGUCCUUCCAUUGUAUGUCUACUCAGAGUUUCUGGGUGGUAUAUGGACCCUAAACACCUAUAUCUGUGAUGCACUGAUGACCAUGGAUGUAAUGCUCUGCACAGCCUCCAUUCUCAACCUCGGCGCAAUCAGCGUUGAUAGGUACAUUGCAGUGGUAGUUCCUCUGAAGUACAACCGGAAUCAGUUCAGUAUGCGGCAGCUGGUCCUAAUCACAGCAACCUGGGUCCUGUCUUUUGGGGUAGCCAGCCCAGUUAUCUUCGGCUUGAACCGUGUCCCCCAAAGGAAUCCCCACAUUUGCAAGCUGGAAGAUGACAACUUUGUGGUCUACUCCUCUGUGUGUUCCUUCUUUGUGCCUUGUCCAAUCAUGCUGCUGCUCUAUUAUUGGAUGUUCCGUGGACUGAAGAGGUGGAGUGCCAGUCGCAAGUCAAACUUGAUGCGUGGGGAGCAGAGGUUCUCCCUUAGUCUGAAGGGCCUGAGCAGGGAGAGGAGGAAGAAGGUGAAAUACCUGAUGCCCAACCUCAGCCCCACCACGGCCAAUCGGACAAACUUGCCUGAGAAUGACUUGAUCACAACCCAACUGGACAGCAUAUCUGAGGCAGAGGCUCAGGAACGGCUGAAAGAAGGUAGCCCCAAAGAGAAUGGACUCAAACAAAACCACUGUUCCAGCAAGGGGUCUCAAAGUAAGAGCCGCAGAGUGAGUGGCAGGGAGCGCAAGGCCAUGAAGGUCCUGCCCAUCGUUGUAGGUGUGUUUCUGGCGUGCUGGACACCAUUCUUUGUGGUCCAUGUGACCAAGGUUCUUUGUCAGUCCUGUGAUAUUGGACCCACGUUGAUAAGCGUGGUAACGUGGCUGGGUUAUGUGAACAGUGCAGUGAAUCCUAUUAUCUACACAGCCUUCAACACGGAAUUCAGGAAUGUCUUUCAGAAACUGUUAUGCUGUCAGACAUGAAGCUGUCAUGAGAAAGAACUUUGUUUUUUCUGUACUUGUCUGAAAUAGUUUGAGAUUCAUUUUAUUUUUUACUGUCCUGACUUAAAAUCAUGCCGAACUCUAAAACCAGAGGCAUAAAAUGUGAAAAUGUGCACAUUCAGUACUUGAGGCAAGUUAUAAUUCUGUGUCAGUUUUAUCUAGAAUCCUAAGUGUGUUUGAGUUCUUAGAUUUUAUUUAAUAUUUAUACAGUACAUUUCAACAGGGCUAAUUAAGACGCAAUGGAGUGAAAUGAUUUGAACCCACAGGCACCUAAUACAACAAUGACUUAAAAGAUGGAUAGAAAUUAAUGAAUUUAUAUGAGCUGUUUCAUCCUUAUUAAAGCUGUUCAAUACAUUUAUAUAUAUAUAUAUAUAUAUAUAUAAAGUAUUACAAAAACAUGCUUCAUUCUUUAAUGUUUCAGUAACCAAGCUGGACGGCAGAUCAUCACAUGUAAAGAGCACAUUGAUCCAACGUGGUCAAUCAACCAUGGUUCAACAUCACCAGUUCAGUUGGACCAACAUUUACAAAAAUAUGCCAUCAAUGUAACACAGUUCUGUUUUGUUCUUUUUGUUCUUUGUUUUCUCUUUGUCAAAGAGGCAAAACAUAUGGGGUACUAGGAAAUGCAACACGUAUACUGUAAUAUAUUGUUUCGCCAUGUUUCUUAAUGUUUAAUUGCCUCUAUGACCAUUAAAGGAUGGUUAUGUUGGAGUGUCUAGAACUUUCCAGAAACAUUAGAAUGAUGGCGUUCUAUUUGUAAUAAUUGUGGCAGUACCCUAGAUUUGCAAGACAAAUUCUGCAUAUAGUAGGGAGUCACAGUAGAUGGUGUCUCAUGUGACAGAGUCAAAACUGUGACUUUUGAUCACUGUGCUUUGAUAUUUCUGCCAGUUUCUAAUAGUCUGGCCUUUGUUAAUCCAACUAUAAUUGUGAUCAUAGUGUUGAAAAAAUGUUUUGUGCUGGCAUAAUCCCAGUGAGUUAAAUGGUGAUCUUGAGGCAACUGUGGGCAAACAUAGUUAGGUUAGUGUCAUUGGGCCAGCUAGUUGACUGCUGAAUCGACCGACAUGGUACACUUCAUGGUUAUUUGGGAUGUGCAGUACCACUGCAAAUAAACUUAAAGAAUAGUUAGUUAGACAAACGGUUCUACCUGAUAUUUCCCAGACACGUGCCUAAUUUUAUAGCUUCUUAUUAGUACUAGUCAAUCAAAUCUAGCAGUUGUUUUUUUUUUUUGCUGAAAUAGUUAAAUGAAAUAUUAAACAGAGUUGUGCUUAAAAUACAGAUGCAGAGGGAACACAUUGCUAGUUUUUUCUCAGCAAUAUACAUCAGAAAACACUGAUGCCAAUAAGUAUAUCCCUUAUAAAUGUACAGUAUGAAACACAUUUUAGAAAUCAUCCAAUAUAUAAUUUGCAAUUAUACAGUACAUUCUCAUUAAGACUAACUUGGGUUGAACUAAUGUCCUGAUACUACGAAUUUUCUACUUGGACCCAGCCUAAUUUAGCAGUCGCUUUUUGUAAAUUACUUAUAAUACGAAUUCACGUCACAUGAAUGUCCUGUUUGUGCAAAUUAUUUUGGAGCACCCCCAGGGAAGAAACAUUUGAAUAAAACAAAUUGCCCUAGUUCAACAAGCUGAGUGUAAAAGAUAUUGGGAAAUGUAUUAACUUCCAUCCAGAUGAACUCCUCUGUACAUUAUUUUAGUGAUGUUUUGGGACUGCUGAUCCUAUGACGCUUCCGAUAUGGUUUAAAAAUGCUGGUGAUCAGAAUGGGACAUGCAUAUUUCAAGUUGCAAUGUAUAGUUUUUAGUUCACUUACAACCAUAUUUUCAAUAAAAUGCACAGCACUUUUAAAUGUAUAAUUUGUUUCAUUGUACUGUAAUUGAAAUUUGAUUUCAGUUUUACUGUAACUUCAAUAAAAACUGAUAGUAUGCAUUUGGCUUAGACUCCUGAUAAUAAGAAUCAAUGAUAAGACAAAUUGUUUUGUCGGUCCCUUGAAAUUCGUAUUAAUGAGAGUUGACUGUAUAAUAAUUAUUAGGGGUGUGCCGAAACUCGUAUUUUCCGAGUACUUCACUUUAAGAUGUAUUUGUUGUCAGGAAUACAUAAAUCAAAACACAUGUAUUUAUUGAUGUGUAGAUUUCCAAACAAGACCCCUUCCCUCACCUUUACAAUUGAGUACCAAUCAGUUAACGUCUGCAUUGAGUGUCUAUGUGAAGAUAUAUUUUCCUGAUUCUAUGUAAAUGUGACCUUUCAUUAAACCUAACUUGAGUUACCGCUGUGGAAACUGGGAUAGGUAUUUUUUUUGUCAAGUUUAAUCAGCGAUAACACCUUUCUCAGGACUACAAUUCCACAAUUCAAAGCAGAGAUGACACAUU